AUUCAAUACAGAUGCAUCAUCGCCCCCGACGUCAUCUUCCCAUCGUUUUAUCGAAACAUACCAAACACAUUACUCCCAAGCCAUUCGUUUCUUUUUCUUCAAAAGACAGCAAUGCCAUACGUUCCCCCGGGAAGCGACAAACCGCAACCUAUACCUCUGCUCCAAGUAAAGCAACAAGCGGCAACCACCACCACCACGACGCAACAACACACACAACCAGAGGCGUCUCCAAGUAUAGUGGCAACACCCACCGACGACGUACCAACACCCAAAGCCUCUGCAUCUCUUUCGCCUGAGCAGCCCAACCCAGCAAUGGCGUCCCCCAUACCUGUUCCUCAACCGAUCACUACUCCAGAGGAUCUGCUUGCGUCUCAGCUGGCUCUCACCUCUCUCGAGUCCUUAGCCUCAUCUCCACCAUCACUUUGCCAUUCGGUUGGUCACCCUUCGCCUUCGACUUCAUCAAUCGUGAGCUUGAGCGAGCAAAGUUCUGAGGAGCUGUCGGAUGACCAUGUCAAGGUCGCAGGCGAGAUGGUGGGUAAAAUGGAUGGCCAAGGUGUAACAAUGCAGGUCCAGGCGGUGCCGGAGGUUAUGAUUCCUGAUGUGAGGCCGCAAGGGAUGGAGAAAGAUCCUUUAAGCCUGUAUAGUGAAGCGAUUUAUGCCUAUACGCACAAGCUAUAUCUUCGAGCGCAGCAUUCUGCAACAAGAUCCGAAAGAAAGAAGGAUCUGAUGUAUUCUCAAUUCGGUUCAAAAUCCACAGGCAUGGAGAAGAUGGCCAAAAAGAAGGCGAUCGCGCGUCAGCUCAACGGAUAAGUUGAGGUUAAGCACCACUGUUUAUAACGUCAUACACAUUCUAUAGAACCAUCAUGUCUCUUGUCGCUCGCGUUAGCGAGUUUUUAUUACCCACGACCUCCCACUUUCUAUUUGGUUUAACGUGUAUACCACUACCCAGCUUUGUAUCAUACCCUAUAUUGCAUUUUAGUCAAGAGCUUCAUUGUAGCCAUACUUCGUGUAUUUUGGCGCAUCGCUAUGUAUCAUGCUACACGCU